AUGAAUUUGAUGACAAUUUCUCAAUCCUUGGACGAAGCCUACAACAAACAUUCCAUCAUCCCCGAUGUCGUCGACAAAUUCGACACUCAGGGUUUGUUAACUAUUGAGUACUCGAAAGAACACCAUGUCACUUUGGGCAACACAUUGAAAGUGGCGGACACUCAGCAUGUUCCAACCAUUCAAUUCACAUUGAACUCACCAAACCAAGAGAAGGAAUUGCAGGUUAACGAGGAGGACAAAUUCACUUUGGUGUUGACCGAUCCGGAUGCUCCAACUAGAGGUGAUAAGAAAUGGUCGGAAUACGCCCACUGGAUUGUCACAGACUUGCCAUUGAACACAAACAACGCUGAGUCUGAGGAGUCCUUGUCUACAGUGUUGGAUAUUAGUAAGGGUAAAGAGCUCUUGAGCUACGUUGGCCCAGCGCCACCUGAGAAGACAGGAAAGCACAGAUAUGUUUUCUUAUUGUACAAGCAGGAUCCCAAGGCCAAUUUGGUCACACCACCUGACAGACCAACCUGGGGAACCAAUGUGCCUGGCUCUGGAGUCAGAGACUAUUUCAAAAAACACGGCGGCAACUCACAAUUGUUGGCCGUCAACUUCUUCUUUGCUCAGAACGAAGUCCAGGAGUAG